AUGAAUGGAUUGAAACAGGACGAGCGGGCUGUGAAGCAGCUGUUGCAGACGUUUGAGAAUGACUUGAGAGUAAGCAGUGAUACAAUAGCUGCGUUUAGGGAGAGGGUCCUUCAAUUGCUGAGGGACACCGAAACAGGCGUGCGCGCAUUCCAGAGGUCCCAGAAAUGGCGGGAAGCAGCCAAGGCCAGCCAAGGCCAGGUACUGCCACCGGCUGUGAGGGAACAGCUGAGUGGCGCCGUGGUGCUGCCCUCCCUCUUCCUGCGGGACACCAUCCCCUCCUUCCAGGAGGGCGUGGCGCAGUACGCAGCGAUAGCGGCGGAUCUGGAGCGGGUGCUGCCGGCGGCCAGCGCAACGGGCCGGGGCCGGCCGGGCGGCGAAGAUGCGCUCGCGGCGCUGCCGGGGGCGCUGGCCAAUCUGCACGGCCUGCUCAUGCACGUGGCCGCGCGCCUCGACGGCCUCCACGACGGCCUUGCCGACUCCAAGCAGGCCCACCUCGACCAGCUCGCCGUGGAAGGGGAUGACAGGGACCCGUUCGUAGAGGCGGAGGAGCGGGAGAGGAGGAGGUCCCAGGAUCUCAAGAGGCGGCUCACUGCCCCAUCAUUAUCUUCUCAACCAGCUCCGCAGGCGCAAGCGGUACCCACAGCGGCCUCACCGUUCUUGGCGCUCGGGCCGCCCCCAGCCUCGGCCUCGUCGCCGGCGCCGGCGGCCACCGGCUUCUUCGGCGCGCAGCCGGCCGCCCCCGUACCGGCGGCUUCUCCCGGCCUGUUUGGCGGCGGCGGCGGCAUUUUUGGGUCGGCCGCUCCCGGCACGCCCGGGCUGUUCGGGCAGGCAGCCACAGACCCGGCGCCGCUGCAGCGGCAGCCCAGCGUACGCAAGGGGAAGAGCAGAAAGAUAUUCGAGAUUCCUGAGAAGAACGUGCAGCACAUCAAGCAAGCACAAGGGCUGGUGGAUCCCUUUCCAGGAUGGGUGCUGCGGAUGCGGGGACUUCCAUACGGCGCCACUGCUGAGGAUGUGGUUCAUUUCUUCGAGGGGAUUGAGAUAGAGAGGGGCUCAGCAGGGAUCGCAUUCACGUGCACCCCGGACGGCAGGCCAAAGGGCGAGGCGUAUGUUGAGUUCCCCUCAGAGGAUGCCCAGAAGGAAGCGCUCAAACGCCACAAGAACGAAAUUGGAGACCGCUACAUAGAGCUGUUUGUGUCUUCAAAGGCCAACAUGAUCCAGGCGGUGCAGCAGAGCAACUACUACUUGGGUCAGUCGCAGCAUGCCAUGGGACCAUCCCUGCUACCUCAUCCGCUGCCCCCUCUGCCGCUGCACGGGCCCCUCGCAAGCUUUGGAGCCCCGUACGGCCACGCCCCCUACGGGCAGGGAGCUCCCAUGCAGUCCGUAGUCAGCGCUGACGGAUCCACCCUGCGCCUGAGGGGCCUGCCCUACUCAGCUGGCAUUGAUGAGAUCACCUCAUUCUUUGCAGGAUUCAGCCUGGCGUCAGACGGCAUCCAGGUGGUGACCAAGCCGGACAAGGAGGGCAACCAGCUGGGGACGGGCGUCGCAUACGUGCGCUUCGGGAACCCAGAGGAGGCCGAGCGGGCGCGCAAGGAACGGCACCGCGCGCAGAUGGGCGCCCGCUACAUCGAGUGCCUGCCCUUCACGGCCUCCCACUACACCAGCCCGCCCCACGUCCCUGCGCCGCCGCCGCACUUUGCGCUCGGCCAGUACCCGUCCGGCAUGCUCGCCGCGCAGCGGCCGUACGCGCCGAUCGGCUCGCUCGGACGAGGCAUGCCGCCGCAGCCGCAGCAGCAGGCCUACGAGGAUGCCCGCCUGUAUGCGGCGCAGCAGGGCGCGCUGAGAGCCGGGCCGGGCCGGCCCGGCCGCGGCGUCGGCGCGGCCCCCGGCCACGCGCGCGGCAGCGCCGGCAGCCGUGGCGGCCGGCCCGUCACGUGGCCGCCCGCCCAGCCGCCCGGGCGGCCGCCGGGGCAGGCCCCGCCGCCGCCCUACGCUGUGCAGACGCCAAGCCCCCGCGCCGGCCGAGGGUACCAAACCCAGGCGGGUCCGAGGGGAGUGGGCGGCAUGGCGCGGCCGCAGCUGCGCGUGGCGACGGGGGACUAUGGGGCUCAGCAGGCGGCGGCGCAGCAGCACCAGCAGAUGCUCCUGCAGCAGCAGUACAUUAUGCACCAGCACAUGCUGCAGCAGCAGCACCAGCGGUAUCUGUCGGGAGGCUGGGCCCCGGUGUACUCAGAGGCACAGCUGGGAGUACAGGGCCCACCGUCCAGCCCUUCUUGGUAUGGCGUACAAGGCGGGCUUGUGUCGUCCGGCGCUCCAUACACGCAGGCCGGGGCAAGCAUGAUGUCUGGUCACUCCGCUGCAAUGCCAUUCUACGAGGGGCAGCACCGGGAGCGGCCAGCGGCGGCUGUGCCAGUGGAUCCAGAGAUGCUGCCGCCAGUGAGCGAGAUCGCUGCGGCGGUGCUUGCAUCUCCCGGGGGCCCCCCAUCCGAGCCCCUGGGUGGAGUGGGGUCGCCACCGCUUGGGGGUGCCGCCGCCCCCGCCAGGGGGGGGUCUCCCCCUGCCAGCGCCGGAGCCCACACUGCUCUCUCAGACGCCAAACUGCAAGUCGCUGCGGCCGGAGGCAGCCCCAGAGCGUGA